GUAAAUGUCAGUGUCAGUAAAAGUCAGAAAAUUUGCUCAGCGCUUGCAGAAAAGACGCAAAUUGUGAGGAUUUUGUUUAAAGUUUUUGAAGAAGAUUGGAUAAUAGUGGUGGAAAAAGGUAGACGGAGAAUAAUUCAAAAGUGAAGGCAAAACCAAUAGAAUCUGUCUGUUUCAAAGACGACAAAGGACGGAAUACAAGGAUCAAGGAACGAAGUUUGGCGUAUCUGGCAUUGUAGCAGAUAUAAAAAAGGAGAAUAAAGCCGAAACAAUAACUAGCAGGAGUAUCGAUAUAAUACUUGUGAAUUCGUUUGCUAAUCCGUGUGCGUGAAAAACGUGUUAAUUUAUUUGCCGCCAUUCAAACCAUCAAGUGAAAAAACUUGCGGCAGAAGAAGCAGAGCUCUUUAACACGUCUUUUUAACCAGUUCAUUCAACUGAGGACGUUUUUUGAAAAGGAAAUUAGGGUACAAAGUAAAGAUGAGUGCCUCAGCUACUUUUACUCCAUCAGUUGGAGGAGGUGGUGGCGCUUCUGCGCUACCAACCAUAAUGUCUAGCCUUGCCGUCGAUGAGGGUGCAACCGCAGUGUCUAGGGCACCACCAAACAUUGUAGUGAAUCCGGCUAUUUGUCGUUACUUUCAACGUGGUAUAUGUCGUUUUGGGAGUUUAUGCCGCUUUUCUCACGAUCUUUCCGGUGGUGAGGUCAUCAACAAUAGCAGCGUUGAAGCUGAAUCAAUUAAGCCUAUCACAUCUUCAAAAAGUUGCGCUAAAACUACAACGGAAUCUUUGAACGGCCGACCAAGUACAAGUCGGCAAGAUUGGGUAAAUGCGCCAGUAUUUGUACCCAAAACUUAUCGACCAAUGCACAACUUAGGAACAGCUGCCGAUGAUGUGACAAACGAUGGUGCGGUUGGUAUAUGCUCAGAAUAUCUCGACAUUCAUAAAUCAUGGGCCGAUGUAGUUGGUGGAGGUAACGAAGCACAACGUAUGACCCUCGCUGAAGGAGCCGAUGCUGAAGCCAUGUCAGAAAUGGUAUGUCCAUAUGAGGGUCCUUGCCCUUACGGUGCCUAUUGUUCAUACGGCAUACACAUGGAACUUUGUAAAAUGUGCGAUCAAUUAUGUUUACAUCCGAGCGAUCAAACGCAACGUCGGAAGCAUAAUCAAGAAUGUCUUCAGCAACAUGAACAAGCUAUGGAAUGGUCAUUUGCUAUUGCUCGUUCUAAAGAUAAGACAUGUGGUAUUUGCUUUGAUACCAUAAUGGAGAAGGCAGGACGAGAGAAGCGAUUCGGCAUAUUGCCUAAUUGUAAUCAUAUUUUCUGCCUGGAAUGCAUCCGCAAGUGGCGACAAGCAAAACAGUUCGAGCACAAGAUUACGCGCUCGUGUCCUGAGUGUCGUGUAUCUUCAGAUUUUGUUUGCCCCAGUGCCUUUUGGGUGGAAACUAAGGAAGAGAAAGAUAAGCUACUAAACGAUUAUCGAUUAGCGCUUGGUGUGAAAGACUGCAAAUACUUUAAAAAAGGUGACGGCAAGUGUCCAUUUGGAAACAAAUGUUUCUAUAAACAUGCUCUCCCCAAUGGCGAAUUAGUCGAUGUGGGCUGUCCUAAACGAGCGCGCAAACUACAUCGAGGCUCAAAUGAUUUCAUUGAUCUGUUGGAUAUUUACUUAUGGGAGUUUGUCGAGCAACGGGACUACCAUUGGCUUGAUUUUCUCUCGGGCACAAGCGAUGAUAGUGAUGAUACUGAUGUCGCCGAUGAUUAAGUAAAAAACAGUAAAAUACCGCACUAUCGCAAAGUUAUGCAAUAAUUACAUGCUUGUAUAUUUGAUUUUAUGUGCUACCAAGAGUAAAAACUUCGAAAAGAAGGUAAAACCUAUACGAGUAUAAUAGUUAUCAUGUGAAUUAUCAGAGAGAAAAAAGUAAUCAAACUAUGAUAUUUUAUUAGCUGAGGUUGAACCGUUCUAAAGUAUCCUUUCAUUGAAUUGCAUAAUAAUAUUAACAAAAUGCACAGAUCAAAAUGGAGGAAGCGAAUUGGAAUCUAAGAAGAUGCAAAACAUAAUUUUUAAAUAACAAAUUAGGAUAGGAUGAAUGAGCGGUUCUGGCUAAAACCAGUAUAGAAACUGAUGCGAAUAUAUAGGAACACAAUGCAACGAACCUUUUUCGAUUAGUAGAAAUAAACAGUAAAUAAAGUAGACUUAUACAAAUCAAUCUGCUUUCCAGAAAUUCGAAAGGACAGUGAAAUACUUCCGAUAAAAAUGGGCAUUUCGAAAAAGAGUAGUAAAGUAAAAAGUGUGCAGUUGCAUAAUACUUAAAGUUAAAUAUAUUUGCCUACAUACGCUCAUUUGGUAAUUUGUUCGAUGAUGCAGAAAGCAAAUUAGAUAUAUUGAGUAUGGAGAAUUUAUCGAAAACGAAAUAAAAGCAAGCACACAAUACGCUGGUAGCACUUAAAAAACAAAAAAAUUCUAACAAGUGAAUUCAAACCUAUACAUAUACAAGUAAAUUUAAUUGUGAUUUAUACUCGUAUUUGCCGCGCAUAUAAAACCGCCACCAGUGCGUUUGGGCGUGCGCCUGCCUUAAAUGUCCCCCACCAUAGCGCACAACAGACGUGCAGCGGAAGUAAUAUGAAUAGUGGUACAUAUAAUUUCGUGUAUUAUUAGUGAUACAAUAAAUUUCUUUCAUGUAAUAUUAGUAGAGUUGGAAGAAGAGGCAAAUUGUUUGUUGCAUGACGGAAUAUCUUUAAAAAGAAACUAGCCAUCAGCUCGUGUUGAUUCAUGCACCUCUAUUGCUGUCAUGCUGCGACACAGCUUGUCUUAUUACUCCACAUCGUCGCCUUUUUGAGUUUUGUUUUAGAUAUUUGUUGUAAAGUAGGUAAAAGCUAGAAUUGAGUAUAUGCAAACAGGUGUUUAUUGAUUACAUUAAAAAUAACGGUGCAGCAUAAAAAUGUGCGAUUUUACUAAAUUUUUUGUUUGUUACCUUUUUCUUUUUUUGUUUAAAUAUGGCAUAAAAAUGUAUAUACCACAAAAAUAUGAGUUAUCUGAAAAUUCUGAACAUUUUCAUUUGAUUUGUUAGUAAAUUACAUUGAAAGUUAAAUUAUUUUUGAGCUACAUUUUCAAUAUUUUUUUCCAUUUCACCUGUUGUUUGUUAAAUGUAUGAAAAAUAUAAAAAUUUGAUUUCAAAGAAUAAAAUCAAACCCGUUACAAAAGCGUUUGUUACAUAUAAGCUUUAGAAUUAACAUUAUUUUUAUAAAAGAACUAAAACCCUCAUAUGAUAGAAAUAGCGUUAACAGAAUUAGUACUAUGAGUUACAAAUAAUACAAAAAAAAAAGAAGAAAACAAACCGUAAAAUAUAUUAAA